AGUCAACAUGGCCGCAGAGCACCUAGCCCCACAUAACUGAGACACGGAAUAAAACAACACAGAUUUAAUGGCGUUCAUGUCUCGAUUCUCUCGGUCCCGGAGCAGCUCCAGGUCUCCGAGCCGAAAAGACUCUGAACGUUCCUCCCCGAUUCUGACCGUCUCCGAGCUAGAAAGGCUCCUUUACACGGGCAAAACGGCCUGCAACCAUGCAGACGAAGUGUGGCCACGACUCUAUAUCGGAGACCAGGACAUUGCAUCAGAUCGACGAGAAUUGGCCAAACUUGGCAUUACACAUAUCCUCAACUGCGCACAGACGAAGUGGCGCGGGGGAGCCGAAUAUUAUGCUGGGAUGAACAUCACCUAUCAUGGCAUUGAGGCUCAUGACUCACCAACUUUUGACAUGAGUGUUAACUUCUAUCCUGCUUCUGAGUUCAUUCACAAAGCCCUCACCAGUGGAGGUAAGGUUCUGGUCCACUGUACUGUGGGAGUGAGCCGCUCAGCUACUCUGGUGCUAGCCUACUUGAUGAUCAGACAAAAUCUGACGCUUGUGGAGGCCAUCAAGACAGUAAAAGACCACAGAGGUGUCAUCCCUAACCGAGGUUUCCUCCGCCAGCUGAAUGGCCUGGACAGCAUCCUGAGAGAGAGCCGAAAGACAUCACCGUAGAGCUGAAAAUACUGUCAAGACACACUCCACCUGAGGUAGCAGCCCAUUACACUGGGAGAUAUUCUGGGACCAAACUAGGAGCAACCUGUGAAUUUCUGACUUUGCAUCUCUGAAUGGUAGCCAGUGAUACCACAGAUCAAGUGAUGCCAUUAUUUUCAUAGUCAAUUUGCUCAGUUUGUUUAAUCUUUGUAGUUCUGUAGACUCUGAAACAGCAGCACCAAAUAAUUUUAUAUUCCUUAAGAUCAAAGUUUACUGGUACAUUAAGAUUCUAAAAAAUUAGAAACUUUUAUUAAUAAUUCCACUAUUUCCUUCAAAGUGUUUUUUUCAAUUUGUAACUGACCUCUGCCUUUCAGAUUCAUUCACGCACAUAAUGGUAGAAAUUUUACAGCAACAUCAGUUGACCUAUGUAAGUUAAGUAGUAAAACCUUACCUUUGACUUAUAGGAUUCAAAAGUUGACUGCGAGUCCAAAAUUGAGGAAACUGCUGCACGGGGUUUGAGUCAGAUGUGAAACAGGAGUUUGGUGUGUAACCUCACUGUCUGAAUUAUGUUAAUUUAGG